UCUCUGCCAUCCUCUUCACACUAGUGCACAGGACAGAGAGCAAGGCACAGGGGCCCUCGCUGUCCUGCUCCAGGUCAGGCCAAGACACAGACAGAGAACCCAUGCCGUCCACUGCUGCAAUGGGGCUGCUGCUGGUGCUGACUGGGAUCGGCGCGGGCAGGGUCCUAGAGACUGUCCCCUACACGCCCCAGAUCACUGCCAAGUCACUGGAAGGGAAGCUCACCGCUACCACCUUCACGCUGGACCAGCCCAUCUGCAUCUUCGAUCAGUACGUGAACGGCACCGAUGACAUCUGGCUGGUCGUUGCCUUCACUAACGCCACAUCCCAUUUCAAAAAUCCAGCCUCCAAGAUCCAAAUCCCUCCCUACCAGAAGCUAUCGACCGCUCUCCAUUACAUGACGCUGAAGAGUUCCAUAGCCUUCUACCCAUGUGCUGAAAACAGGGCCGCUAGCGUGCUCCGGGUUGGCAGUGACACCUCCUGCAAAGAUGACCGCAGCCUGGAGUACUGCAACGGACCCCUGCCUCAUCCCGGGCCUUACAGAGUGAAAUUCCUCAUCCUGGAUACCAAUGGGUCCAAGGCAGAGACAAGAUGGUCCCAACAAAUUAUGCUGAAGCAAGGUCGCAAGGCGCGCUCCAUCGACACCUGGCCUGGGAGGCGCAGUGGUACCAUGGUCGUCAUCACUUCCAUCCUCUCCAGCUUCAUCGGCGUCCUGGUGAUCUUGUUCCUCUGCACGGUCGCCUACGAGUGCUUUAAGCUUUGGCGUCGAGAGGAGCCUGCGGUCCCGGAGGAGCCACCCAUUGGGUCCUUCAGAGAGAGGCAGUAUGAUACCCACCACAUCCCCCCGUCGCAGGCUCCAGCCCAGCCCCACAGCGACGUGCCCCGGCCUCACUCGCCGGCCGCCUCUCCGUAGGAGCCCAGAGCUUCCCGCAGGCCAUCGUCCUGGGCUCAGCACACUGGCACCCUCAGAAGCCUCGCAUCCCAUUUAUACACCCGUGCCCUCCCCAUCAUGCACCCCGCUGCACAGUGUCCCCUGUAAACCCUGGACCCCAGCGUUCCCAUCACGCACCCUGCUGCCCGGCGUCCCCUAUAUACCCUCGACUCCAGCAUCCCCUACGCUCCACAACCCCCAGUGUCCCCAUCUCGCACCCUGCUGCCUCGUGUCCCCUAUAUACCCUGGACCCCAGAGUCCCCUACGCUCUCCAACCCCCAGCAUCCCCAUCACGCACCCUGCUGCCCGGCGUCCCCUAUAUACCCUCAACCUCAGCAUCCCUACACUCCCCAACCACCAGCGUCCCCAUCAUGCACCCUGCUGCCCGGCGUCCCCUAUAUACCCUGGGCUCCAGCAUCCCUUACGCUCCCCAACCCCCAGCAUCCCCAUCACGCCCGAUGCCCCAGCAUCACAUGUCCUGCUGCCCAGCGUUCCCUCUGUGCCCCAAACCCCAGCCUCCUACAUGCUCACCCUGGUGCUCUAGGAUCACCAGCUCGGAGAGGAGAUGCUCCAUGCUCCCCAUCUGGGGUAUCCAGCCUGGCCUGACUGGCUGUGCUGCUUCCCACUUCCCUGGGACUGACUUUACAGGACACAGAGCAACAGCUGGGGAAGAAGGGGAGUAAACAAGCCACGUCCUCUGCUCCUGCCAGUCAAAGGGUCCUGUCUGUUAACUCCAAUAGGCAGCUGCCUGGUGCAUCGGGCUGGGCACUGGUGACACUCAGGGCACCUCGGUCGUUUGUUUCUCGCAGGCUUUAUUCACCUCCUGGAACUGUUUAUGAAGCCAGAUUAACUGGAGGAGCUAGUGGCUGGGCAAUCCCAUGAUGAGAUCAGAGCUCCAUAUACAGAACCGGAGGGAUUAAAAAGCCCUUGAGAAACAAAGACUAUCCCCACCCUGGCUAAUGGGUCCCGUGCUUUGAUCCCAUUUCUUUACCCCCAGCGUAGGGAAUAGGACCCGUCUGUGCUGUCAGCGGGAAUGUGAUGGAGGUGUUCCUGGCCCACCAGCACUGCAGUUGUGGCUCCAGGUUCACAUGGGUGUAGGGCCGGGCCCCUAGCCACGCUCCUCCUGAGCGCUGGGGACAUUUGGGCCUGGAUCUAGAACAGGGCUCCUGUCAAAGAGAAGCAAAUUCCAGCCAGGGGUGUAGCCGGCUGAUGGGCACCUGAACACACAAUGACCCCUCGGCACCCCGCGCUCCCCACCACCUGCAAUUGUCGCAGGAGCCUUGGGGCUAGAAUGACAGCCCUGCCCUGGCCAGGCCCACGUGAGCACUGGCACACCUGUGCUUCAAUACGCCGGGAGGCCGGAGCCCAGGGAUCUGUGCGCAGCGCCUGCUGACAUCAGUGUGGCCUCAGGGCUCUGGAGUGGCCAGGAAGGAGGCGCCUCAUCUCUGACGGGGGCCCUUUCCGAAGUCUGCAGCCCUGCAACAGAGCCAGCCCCGGGCCCCCUCGGACAAGCAAGUGCUGAGGAAAGAGGUCAAGCCAACCCCCACCCGGCCUUCCCAGAUCUCUGCCUGGAGUCUGAGAUUCCAGCCCCACAGGGGCCCAGCCAGGCUCCAGGGGUGGAGCAGGGACUCAACCCAACACCCAUGGAAGUCACUGGGCUUGGAGCAGGCCCUCAGCUCAGCCGGCUGCAGGAUGGAGUGGCCCCUCCAGGUGAUGGAGCAGCCCAGCAGCGAUGCGGCCUUAGGUGCUUUCCCCUAGAGCCCCUAGAACUUGUUUCAAGACCAGGGCCCAAUCCCUCUCCCUUCCCCUCCCGCAUUGGAAGCCAUCCUCAGGGACCAGCCGGCCGGCCGGUGUGAGAGGUUCAGCUUCUGUGGUUCUUGUAUAUACUGCUGGGGAAAGGUGGGUUCCUCUUUUCAUCUCAUCGGAGCCCGGCCAAGUAAACUGAAGUUUGCAUUUUUGA